CGCGUCGAGUUUGGUUGUAAUUAAAUAUAACAGCAAUUUUCACGAGGGUUCACGAUUGUUCGCUGCCGGAUUUUGAGGGAAGAGGACGCAGAGAGGAUGUCUCAGACAAUUAACGUGAUCCAGAAGGAGAAUGUGUCUCCAAAACUAGAUAAACUGAACUUAAAGGACAAGGCAAGUUACACCGGAUCUAAUACAAAGGCAACGAAAGUUCUGCAGGACAGCAGUAAUCGUAAUAUCACAGGUCAUCAUAUAAUCGAAACUGCAAAAAAAGAUGUUGCCACCAAGAAGUUUGAUGUACAAUUGGAACCCUUGUUGAGAGAGAACCCUAGACGAUUUGUAAUCUUCCCCAUCCAAUAUCAAGACAUAUGGCAAAUGUACAAAAAGGCAGAAGCAUCCUUUUGGACCGCAGAAGAAGUCGACUUAUCCAAGGACAUGCCAGACUGGAAUUCUCUGACAUCAGAUGAAAAACAUUUCAUCUCGCAUGUUCUUGCCUUUUUUGCGGCUUCAGAUGGCAUAGUUAAUGAAAAUUUAGUGGAGAGGUUCAGUCAGGAGGUACAGAUAACUGAAGCAAGGUGCUUCUAUGGUUUUCAGAUAGCAAUGGAAAAUGUCCAUUCAGAAAUGUACAGUUUGUUGAUUCAUACUUACAUCAGGGAUUCUAAACACAGGGACUUCUUAUUCAACGCUAUUGAAACAAUGCCGUGUGUAAAAAAGAAGGCAGAUUGGGCUCUUCAGUGGAUCGCUCAUGAGACUGCAACGUUUGGUGAGAGAGUUGUGGCUUUUGCUGCUGUUGAAGGUAUCUUCUUCUCGGGAAGUUUUGCUGCUAUCUUCUGGUUAAAGAAGCGAGGACUUAUGCCUGGUCUCACAUUCAGCAAUGAAUUGAUUUCAAGAGAUGAGGGGCUACACUGUGACUUCGCUUGCCUCAUGUUCAAGCACUUGGUACAGAAACCUACUGAAGAAGAAGUAAAAUCCAUUAUCAGGGAUGCUGUUGCGAUAGAACAGGAGUUCUUAACCGAAGCUUUACCUGUGGCAAUGAUUGGCAUGAACUGCAACCUCAUGAAGCAGUACAUCGAGUUUGUGGCUGAUCGUCUGCUCGUUGAACUGAACUGUAAAAAGAUGUUUAAUUCAGAAAACCCUUUUGACUUCAUGGAACACAUUUCGUUGGAAGGCAAGACUAACUUCUUUGAGAAGAAAGUUGGGGAGUACCAGAAGUGUGGAGUGAUGGCUAACAAAGAAGAAAAUGUUUUUACAUUGGAUGCUUAUUUCUAAUUAUGAUAUUGUUAGAAAUAGUGCCAUUGUUUAGUAUUACUGUGUGGCAUAUAUGAAGUACUGGUUGUGUUCUAUUGUAUCACUUUUGAGUAUUACAUUCCUGCAGUUAAGCAAAUGCUGGUUCUGCAGGAAUGCUUUGGCUACAUAUUAAGCUACCUACUUUAUUAUAUGGGGUAACAGUUGUCCUGUGUAUCACACCAUACUCGUAUGUACAUAGUUGGCUAUAAUUUCGACAAGAU